CAAAAUACUACCACUGAUACAGUCUCCCACACAACGACCUCUCUUCCUCCUCCUCUCUCUCUCUAUCCUCAACCCAUUCCCUUCUUCCAUGGAGGUCUCCUUCUCUUCCAACCCUCAAUUACUCACCUUCAAUCCAUCUCUUCCUCUCAAUUCCUCUUCCUCCUUCUCCUACACUCGCCUCCGCUUCGUUCGCCGCCAGUUUCUCGGUUCUUCUCAUAAUCUUCGCCCGCCGGAUGUUCUGCGCUCUCGACGUAGGUGCACGAAGGUUGGCUUCCUUGUUCAGUCUCCGAGAUGCAUGUUUCGUGCUGCCUUCACUUCCAAUCCGGUUCUCAUCGUUGUUGCUGUGGUUACUUUCUCGGCUGUUUCGUUUAUCUAUAUGAACUUAAAUAAGAGGAAGAAGAAUGCGGUUGAGCGUUCCCAAUCUCCAACGCUUGCCUUAUCUCAACUAGGUAGAGGCGUCAACUGGUCCGUCGAUGAUCAGGUAAUGGGCUUUAGGGAUCAUCAUGGUGACUUCUUAGAGCAGAAUAUAGCCGUAAAGGAUAGAACUGAAGAGAGAAGUAAUUCUGGGGAAGAAGAGACUGUUCUGCAUCUUCAAACAUCAGUUCUGUCACAUGAGGCCAGUGUCACCGAAACAUUGCCGCCAUCUGUUGAAUUUACCACAUCUAGGGAUAGUGGUUCUCUGUUUUCAGAUGAAACUGAAGCAGCAGAUCCCUCUCUUCCUUCUGAUAUGUUUGAAUCUGGCGUCCUGCAGCCUCUUAUUUUUGCCAACGACAUGACUGACUUGCAGCUAAAUGUAUCUGAUGUCAAAUCCCACUCUGACUUGGCCGUUGUGCUUGAUACAACUGAGCUUCCGCCUCUUUCUGGUCCUUUAUAUAGUGUAUAUAAUCAAGUGACUCAAGAUUUCAAAGCAGAUGGCGAGCUUCUAAAAGUGGAGAAGUUAAUCGGUUCCAAUUUUCUAAUUGAAGAACCGUCUAGAGAAGAUAUUUACAUGUUCUAUGAAGAUACAAAGUCAAGUAGUCAAAUGGCAACUUCUUCUCGUACUUCUCAUCUAUACAACCAAAAAUUUUCUUCUGUGACGAUUAACGGUGUCUCAAGAGGAGCAGAAUUAAUGUUGGAGGAUUCUCGUCAAAUUGCAGGAUAUGUUGAAAGAAGAGAACCUGUUGCAAGAUAUAAGGGAGGUUCUUCAGGGGACAAAAAUAAAUCUGGAGGGGGCAACAAUAUUGUAGGACACGGAGAAAGAAAAGAAGCCAGUCUGCAUAAAGAGAAAGUUGUGAAUGGGUUACCCUAUCCAAAUGGGAAGCAUGUUCAUAACAAAAAUCUUCAUGUAGAUCAAUAUAAAGCGUACAAUCAAUGUCUGAAAGGUGGAAGGUUGAACGAAUGUAUCAAAAUACUUCAGGAUAUGGAAAAAGCAGGCUUAUUGGACAUGAAUAAGAUUUAUCAUGGGAAGUUUUUCAAUAUUUGCAAGAGUAAAAAGGCUGUUCAGGAAGCUUUUCAGUACACCAAACUUAUUGCAAACCCCACAUUGAGUACAUUUAAUAUGCUCAUGUCUGUAUGUGCGAGUUCUCAAGAUUCUGACAGAGCUUUUCAAGUUGUGCGGCUUGUCCAGGAGGCUGGAAUGAAAGCGGAUUGCAAACUAUACACUACUUUAAUCUCAACAUGUGGCAAAAGUGGAAAAGUGGAUGCAAUGUUUGAGGUAUUCCACCGAAUGGUUAAUGCUGAAGUGGAACCUAAUGUUCACACAUAUGGGGCACUUAUUGAUGGUUGUGCAAGAGCAGGUCAAGUGGCCAAGGCAUUUGGCGUAUAUGGAAUAAUGAGGUCAAAAAACGUGAAGCCAGACAGAGUUGUAUUCAAUGCACUUAUCACUGCAUGUGGUCAGUCAGGAGCAGUGGAUCGUGCUUUUGAUGUGCUGGCCGAAAUGGGGGCUGAGCUACAUCCUAUAGAGCCUGAUCAUUUUACAAUUGGUGCUUUGAUCAAGGCAUGUGCAAAUGCUGGUCAGGUUGAUCGGGCAAAAGAAGUGUAUAAGAUGAUCCAUGAUUGUAACAUUAAGGGCACACCAGAGGUUUACACCAUUGCUGUUAAUUGUUGUAGUCAAUCUGGUGAUUGGGACUUUGCUUCCACUGUAUAUCAAGAUAUGACCAGGAAAGGAGUAAAACCUGAUGAGAUUUUUUUCAGUGCAUUAAUAGAUGCUGCAGGCCAUGCUGGUAAGCUGGAUUCUGCUUUUGAAAUCUUAGGAGAAGCCAAGACACUGGGGAUACGUGUUGGCAUUGUAUCAUAUAGUUCGUUGAUGGGUGCCUGUAGCAAUAUUUUUUUCAGUGCAUUAAUAGAUGCUGCAGGCCAUGCUGGUAAGCUGGAUUCUGCUUUUGAAAUCUUAGGAGAAGCCAAGACACUGGGGAUACGUGUUGGCAUUGUAUCAUAUAGUUCGUUGAUGGGUGCCUGUAGCAAUGUGCGUAUAGUAACUGCUUUCUCUUUUUGUUUAAUAGUCACGAGCAUGCUGGAAAUUUUUAGAUUCAUUGAAAAGGUCUGA